AUGUUGACUAACAGCGAGUCUGACAGUCUCAAGUCUGUUAAAGCCAUCAAAGAGACUGGCUCAAAACAGACUAAUGAGGGAGAAUCCUUGUCUAAGGUGCCUUCCAAAAGUGAUUGUGACAAGGAUGGAGAUGGAAAGAACUUGAUGCGAAAGAAUCACUAUUCAAGGAUUGUCAUUAGUCGAAAGAAUGAACCUAGGAUCAAGCCGAGAACAAGAUCUAAAGAUGAUUAUGUUGUUGGCAGAGGUCGAUAUGAAGAUCGGAGAGGAUAUCGAGGAAGGGGUGCAGGACCUCGGAAAGAUAGGGAUGAUAUUGGGUAUAACAACCGCAGCAGAUAUCAUGAUUCCUUAGAUCAUAGUUCUAACCCUCCUUUACCAGAAGAUUCACGAAUAUCAACAAUCUUACGACGAUUGGCUAGGGAAGAUGAUGAAAAUAAGUUUGUAAACCUGGGUAAAAAUUUGCAGGAUGCUCUGGCCCUGCCAGAUAAUGCCGCCUACAUUCGCAGGUCACUUGAUAUGAUUUUGGAGUCAUUAUAUGAUCUCUUUCGUACUGGUGUGACUGUCAACUGUAAGCUGUUGGCAUCAAAGUGCAUAGGCCACGUUGGCUUCAAUUUAGAAAGAGAUUUUAAAAAGUAUUUAGAUUGGAUUUUCAACAGAUAUUCUUCUGAAAAUAGAGAGUCCUAUAAAAUAUUUCUAAUGAAGUCCUUAUUUGAGCUUGUCUACUUGGAUCGUACAAGUCCAAAAUUAGAAGAUUAUGCUCAGCAUCUUAUAACCAAUAUAAGAAGUGUGAUGGAAAGGACCGAUGUUGGGGAUAUUUUUAUAGUUACCGCAGAACUCACAUUAGCUCUCAUGGGGCGUUAUCCAUCCACUUUUAAUGCUGAAUUUUUUCACAUCGGUCUUAACAGUUGA